GCAGAAAGCUGGCAGGGGGGUGGGGGGAGGAACAUGGCGCAAGCUCUGUCUGAGGAGGAGUUUCAGCGGAUGCAGGUGCCGCUCGCGGUGGGAAAGACCACCCGGCUAGGCGACCGGGGGCGGGGUAGCGAGAGGUCGUGCUAUCAGCUCUGAGAAGGGGUUGGUUGGGAUGGACCCUGAGUUUAUGGGGUGGGUCUGGAGAAGGGAAACUGAGGCUCGGAGUGGUGAGACUAUUGGAUUCCGAGAUACUCUGCGGCUUUGAAGGUUGGACUCUGUUAGCAUUGUGGGCUGGGGGAGCGCCAUUAAGUAGGCGGUACCUUACUCAGACCUGGAGGGGACGAGACUUUUGGGCCCGUGCAGGGGACACCGUCGGCGGGUGAUGAUAAUGGGCUUUGAGGGAAGGAGAUCCUGAGAAGGCGAAACCAUUUUGUCUGGAGAGGAAGGAAGCGGGUGUUGGGUCGUUUGCGUCAUGGUGGUGGGAGCCCUUGAGAGGGCAGAACCAUUAGCGGGUGGGAGGUGGUAAGUUUUGGGGGAGAUACCACUGUGCCCGGGGAUUGGGGAAAGACCCCAGAUGUUGUCAUUGUUCCUGGGAGGUGGAGAUCCUGUGCCAUUGGUGGUUGGUAGUGCAUCCUAAGAGGGGGCGGCACCAUUGGAUGAUUAAGGGUGAUCCCAUUAGGCCUGGGGUGAAGAAGGCCAUGAAUGGGUAAUACCAUUAAUCCCAUUAACUGGGGGGAGGACCAGAGGGGUAAAAGAUUGAUACCUUGGACUACAAGGAGGGAAGAUCACUGGGCUUUGGGGAGGUACCCCCACUUGAUUCUUUUGGGGGGACUCUGAGAUGCAAUGAAAGGCCAUAGCAUUGCACUAUGAAUGGGCCCUUGUUGAGAGGGUUCCUCACUGGGGGGGCGGUCUGAACAGGGUCCUGCAUGGGGAGGGGAGGAACUCUGAGGGAGGACAGGUAAUCCAAUUGGUCCUUGAAUGAGGGAAACCAGCUGUCCCUGUGUGAGGGACACUGAGAAUGGAAGGGCGAGUUGAUUAACCCAUGAAUGGGGAAGACCACUGUCAUCUGAAGGGGAUUCUAAGUGAGUAAGAGUCAUCCAACUGGCCUACCCAAGGCCUUGUAGAGGCCUACCCUGAAGGGUGUAGGGCCAUUCCCAAUGGAUCAUGACUGGGGAGAUCUUGAGGGGAGUGGGAAUACCUUUGAAUGAGGAACAUUGAUCCCACUGGGCCAUGAAUGAGGGAGAACUACUGGGCUUUGUUGGGGGGCAAGUCUCGGGGGGUACAAAGGAUAUUCCACUUGGACCAGUACUUGGAGAGACAGAUCACUGGGUCCUGGAGAGGACAGGAGUAGGAAAGAUUCUGUGAAGGCCAAGCCCUCUGACCUUGAGCAGACUACCAGAGAACAAGUCUUUCUCUGUCACCCAGGCUAUAGUGUGCAGUGGCACGAUCUCAGCUCACUGCAACCUCCACCUCCCGGGUUCAAGUGAUUCUCCUAUCUCAGCUUCCCUAGUAGCUGGGAUUACAGGCUCAGCUCCUGGAACUCCGGACAAACAACUACCAGCUUUCAGAUGAACUACGCAAGAAUGGUGUUGAACUCACCAGUCUUCGACAGAAGGUCGCCUACUUGGAUAAGGAGUUCAGCAAAGCUCAGAAGGCACUGAGCAAGAGCAAGAAAGCUCAGGAAGUCGAGGUAUUGCUGAGUGAAAAUGAGAUGCUGCAGGCAAAGCUGCACAGCCAGGAGGAGGACUUCCGUUUGCAGAACAGCACACUAAUGGCCGAGUUCAGCAAGCUCUGCAGCCAGAUGGAACAGCUGGAGCAAGAGAACCAGCAACUGAAGGAGGGGGCUGCAGGAGCAGGGGUUGCCCAAGCUGGGCCCCUCGUGGAUGGGGAGCUGCUGAGGCUACAGGCUGAAAACACAGCCUUGCAGAAGAACGUGGCAGCCCUGCAGGAACGCUAUGGGAAAGAAGCCGGGAAGUUCUCAGCUGUCAGUGAGGGCCAGGGGGAUCCCCCAGGGGGCCCGGCCCCCACCGUCCUGGCCCCCAUGCCGUUGGCAGAGGUGGAGCUGAAAUGGGAAAUGGAGAAAGAGGAGAAGAGAUUGCUCUGGGAACAGCUGCAAGGCUUAGAGAGCUCAAAGCAGGCCGAAACAUCCAGGCUGCAGGAGGAACUUGCUAAGCUCUCCGAGAAACUGAAAAAGAAACAAGAAAGUUUUUGCCGUCUGCAGACAGAAAAGGAGACUCUGUUUAAUGACAGCAGGAACAAGAUUGAGGAAUUACAACAACGGAAGGAAGCUGAUCACAAAGCCCAGUUGGCUCGAACCCAGAAGCUGCAGCAGGAACUUGAGGCUGCCAAUCAGAGCUUGGCAGAGCUGAGAGAUCAGCGGCAGGGGGAGCGCCUGGAACAUGCAGCAGCUUUGCGGGCCCUACAAGAUCAGGUAUCCAUCCAGAGUGCAGAUGCACAGGAACAAGUGGAAGGGCUUUUGGCUGAGAACAAUGCCUUGAGGACUAGCCUGGCUGCCCUGGAGCAGAUCCAAACAGCAAAGACCCAAGAACUGAAUAUGCUCCGGGAACAGACCACUGGGCUGGCAGCUGAGUUGCAGCAGCGGCAGGCUGAGUACGAGGACCUUAUGGGACAGAAAGAUGACCUCAACUCCCAGCUCCAGGAGUCAUUACGGGCCAAUAGUCGACUGCUGGAACAACUUCAAGAAAUAGGGCAGGAGAAGGAGCAGUUGACCCAGGAAUUACAGGAGGCUCGGAAGAGUGCGGAGAAGCGGAAGGCCAUGCUGGAUGAGCUAGCAAUGGAAACGCUGCAAGAGAAGUCCCAGCACAAGGAAGAGCUGGGAGCAGUUCGUCUACGGCAUGAGAAGGAGGUGCUGGGGGUGCGUGCCCGCUAUGAGCGUGAGCUCCGAGAGCUGCAUGAAGACAAGAAGCGUCAGGAGGAGGAGCUCCGUGGGCAGAUCCGGGAGGAGAAGGCCCGGACACGGGAGCUGGAGACUCUCCAGCAGACAGUGGAAGAACUUCAAGCUCAGGUACAUUCCAUGGAUGGAGCCAAGGGCUGGUUUGAACGGCGCUUGAAGGAAGCCGAGGAAUCCCUGCAGCAGCAGCAGCAGGAACAAGAGGAAGCCCUCAAGCAGUGUCGGGAGCAGCACGCUGCCGAGCUGAAGGGCAAGGACGAGGAGCUACAGGAUGUACGGGAUCAGCUCGAGCAGGCCCAGGAGGAGCGGGACUGCCACCUGAAGACCAUUAGCAGCCUGAAGCAGGAGGUGAAGGACACAGUGGAUGGGCAGAGGAUCCUGGAGAAGAAGGGCAGUGCUGCCCUCAAGGACCUCAAGCGGCAGCUGCAUUUGGAGCGGAAACGGGCAGAUAAGCUGCAGGAGCGACUGCAGGACAUCCUCACUAACAGCAAGAGCCGCUCAGGCCUUGAGGAGCUGGUUCUCUCAGAGAUGAACUCACCAAGCCGGACCCAGACAGGGGACAGCAGUAGCAUCUCCUCCUUCAGCUACCGGGAGAUCUUGCGGGAAAAGGAGAGCUCGGCUGUUCCAGCCAGGUCCUUAUCCAGCAGCCCUCAAGCCCAGCCCCCUCGGCCAGCAGAGCUGUCAGAUGAGGAAGUGGCUGAGCUCUUUCAGCGGCUGGCAGAGACACAGCAGGAGAAAUGGAUGCUGGAGGAGAAGGUGAAGCACCUGGAAGUGAGCAGUGCUUCCAUGGCAGAGGACCUCUGCCGGAAGAGCGCCAUCAUUGAGACCUACGUCAUGGACAGCCGGAUCGAUGUGUCUGUGGCAGCAGGCCACACAGACCGCAGCGGGCUGGGCAGCGUCCUGAGAGACCUAGUGAAGCCAGGCGACGAGAACCUUCGGGAGAUGAACAAGAAGCUGCAGAACAUGCUGGAGGAGCAGCUCACCAAGAAUAUGCACUUGCACAAGGAUAUGGAAGUUCUGUCCCAGGAAAUUGUGCGGCUCAGCAAGGAGUGCGUGGGGCCUCCUGACCCAGACCUAGAGCCAGGAGAAACCAGCUAAAGACCUGCAGGCUGCACCCACCUCCUCCCCUUUCUACCCCCUAGGAUGCCAUUCCCUUGGGCUGUGGUGGAAAAAUGAGGGCUGGAGCCAAAAUCAAAUAGCUUGGGAGACUGGACAUUAAAGGGGCUAGAGGCCUGAUGGUUAGUGUUAAUGAUCCUGUCUUAGGGCAGAGGCCACCAGGGAGUGGGGAUCCUGAGGGAAGGGGCAGGGAUUUCUCCUUCUUCUUGGUCCUGGCUCCCAAGGGCUUCUGUCUUCAUCUCUGCAUGAGCUCUCCUUCCCAGAGACCAACUCUUUUUUAUUUUAUUUUAUUUUAUUUUUUAAUUUAUGUCUGGAGCCUGGCUACUCUGCAUUUGGGAUUGGGGAUGCUGGGUGGGUGUGUGGUCCAUGUUCAGCGUUCUAGCAACACGUGUGUGUGUGUGUGUGUGUGUAAAGGCUGUGCAGCCAAAAUACCAUCUGGCCAGACGGGCCCACCCAC